GUAGGGUGCGAAUAAGUAAAUAAUUAAAUUGAAAAGUAACGUCACAGUUUUUUUUGUUCAUGUAACGGAGAUCAAACAUGAACUAAGCACAUAUUGUUAUCGUUUUCAUUUGAUUCCAGACUACGUAAGCACGACAUUAACAUUUUGACUUGACGCUUCAUAAGCGAUAUCCGCUGCUAACUAACAACUUCCGUAAACGCGCAGAGCAGGUGCGCAUUGGUUCGAGCGAAAUUCCAAAACAUCCACUUCUGUUAAGUGCAAUAAAUUAAUCGAUUUGAGGAAAAUUCUAUUUAGAACUUGGUUAGCUUUGCUGCCUUAUGGCCGGUGUGAAUCGCAUGAGCAUGAUGGAGCAGGUACACCUUGCAGGGGAAGAUGAGGAAGAUUUGUAUGGAGGAUUCAACGACUACAACGCCACCCUCGACACAGAGGACCUGGCCAAUGAUCCUAGUUUCCAGAAAGCUGUGUUGAGAACCAGCCAUGGCCGGAGACCACCACCUACCAGUUUCAAGGGCCCAGGGGGUGGUGCUCCGAUGGUGGGUGGAGGGCGUAUGAUGACAGCCAUGCGUGGUGGGCGGGCCGGCCCCUCCUCCAUGGGGCGACCAAUCACGGGGGCUGCUGCGGGCCAAGACUCCCAGGCUCGCCCAAUGACAGCUGUCAGGGCGGCGGGAUACACUGCUGCUGGAAAGCGAGGUCCAGCUGGGUUUGAUCCCCUGAGUCAGGCAGGGCCUGCCCCACCCCUGGAGCCCAAACCAGAGGACAGUCCCGAAGAGAAGAUUCGACAGCUGGAAAAGAAAGUCAAUGAGUUGAUUGAAGAGAGCUGCUUUGCCAACAGUCGUGGAGAAUUGAACUUGGCCCUGGAGAAGGCCAAAGAGGCUGGGCGCAAAGAGAGGGUGCUGGUGCGACAGCGAGAGCAGAUGUCCAUGGGUGACCAGAUCAAUCUGGACCUUACGUACUCCGUGUUGUUUAACCUAGCCAAUCAGUAUGCUGCCAAUGAGAUGUAUAACGAGGCUCUCAACACGUACCAGGUCAUCGUGAAGAACAAAAUGUUCAGCAAUGCAGGUCGCUUGAAGGUGAACAUGGGAAACAUCUACUUUAAGCAGAGAAACUACCCCAAGGCCAUCAAAAUGUACCGAAUGUCCCUGGAUCAAGUCCCAAACUCACAUAAAGAAAUGAGAACAAAAAUCAUGCAGAACAUUGGUAUCGUGUUCGUGAAGAUGGGUCAGUACACAGACGCUAUCACGUCAUUCGAACACAUCAUGUCCGAGGCCCCCUCCUUCAAGACUGGAUUCAAUCUGAUCCUGUGCUACUAUGCGCUGGGAGACCGUGAGAAGAUGAAGCGUGCCUUCCAGAAACUGCUCACAGUCGACCUGAAAAUAGAGGACGAGGACAAGUAUCUGCCACAUGGGGAGGACAAGCAGUACAAUCUGGUCCUGGAGAUGAUUAAAAAUGACUCCCUCAGGCAGAUAGAGAGGGAAAGGAAGUACGAGGCUGAGAAUUGUAUCAAGACUGCAGCCAAGAUCAUCUCGCCUGCCAUUGAACCAAGCUUUGACACAGGAUAUGACUGGUGUGUAGAGCAGGUGAAGAACUCCCAGUACAUUGACCUGGCCCACGACCUUGAGAUUGACAAGGCCAUCAUGUUCCUGAAACAGAAAGACUUCAACCAGGCUAUUGAGACUUUGAAGUCAUUUGAGAAGAAGGAUUCCAAGGUGGCGUGCACCGCGGCUACCAACCUGAGCUUCCUCUAUUUCCUGGAGAACGACAUGGCUCAGGCAGACAAGUAUGCAGAGGUGGCAAUGACUGCUGACAGAUACAACCCUUAUGCGCUGGUGAACAAGGGCAAUGUGCUGUUCACGAAGGGAGACUUUGAGAAGGCGAGAGAGUUCUACAGAGAGGCCCUGCAGAAUGACUCAUCUUGUGUCGAGGCUCUAUAUAACCUUGGUUUAACCAACAAGCGGAUAGGUCGUUUAGAAGACGCACUCGAUGCAUUCUACAAGCUACAUGCUAUACUGAGGAAUUCUCCACAAGUCAUAUUCCAGAUAGCUGACAUACAUGACCAGCUGGAGGAUUCGGCUCAGGCCACAGAAUGGUUCAUGCAGCUGAUAGGUGUGGUACCCACAGACUGCUCUGUCCUGUCUCGUAUGGGCGAGAUAUACGACAAUGAUGGCGACAAGUCACAGGCCUUCCAGUACUACUAUGAUUCGUACCGUUACUUCCCGUCACAUAUACCUGUGAUAGAGUGGCUUGGGGCGUACUAUAUCGACUCAAAAUUCUGCGAAAAGGCCAUACACUACUUUGAAAGGGCUAGUAUUGUACAACCCCAGGAGGUGAAAUGGCACCUGAUGAUCGCCAGCUGUCACAGACGCAGUGGCAACUACAACCAGGCCCUCGAGACUUACAAGUACAUACACAGGAGGUUCCCAGACAACGUCGAAUGCCUGAAGUUCCUGGUACGUAUCUGCUCUGACCUGGGACUGAAGGAGGCCCAGGAGUACGCCACGAAGCUGAAGAAGGCUGAGAAAGCCAAGGAGCUGAAGGACCAGCGCACUAACAGCGCCUCACGGAGGGGCUCGGGACGGCGCAGGGAGGGGAGUGCAGAGGGAGACCGUGAGGGCAGUGCUGGUAUGCGACCCGCGGGCAAGCGAGGGGGGUGCAGCAGGUGCUCCUGGGCAGCGCCGCAGACCAAACCUUGAUGAGGCAGACGAGGAUGUGUACAGGCCUCGCAAACAGGAAGUGGAUCCCUCGUACUCAGACCCCCUCGGGCCCCAGAUGGAGCGACCCAAAACUGCGGCAAACGACGCGACCUUGAUGACGACUUUGCUGAUGAGGAGUUGGGCGAGGAUUUGUUGCCAGAAUAGACUUGACAGGAUGAUACGGGACAGAUAGGUCGAGAGGGACAGAUUGGAAGAGAUGGAAUGGGACUCAGUGGGAUCAUCAUUAGAGAAAUAUUUGACAUCUCUGGAACUGUUACUCUCUAUGGAAGUUGUUUGCUAUAAAAUAUACAAUAAGGUUAUUUUAGGCAAAUUAAAGUUUGAGCAUUUCCAGAAUGCAAGAAUUAAAAACAAAUAAAAUUAUACAAAGAAAUUUCAUUAUAUUGUUUAUAAAACUAUACAAAAAAUUGCUAAUACUAAAAACAAUGUAUUAUUAAAUCAUGAAAGUACAUGUAGUAGGAAGUACAUAUUUAUUGUCCCACAGAGCAUAUGCUAUUUUUAUCAAAUUUCUCCCUCUGUCGGUUGCUGAAGUGUUUUAUUGAUAUUUAUUGUGAUAUACUGUUAUUUAUUGACAUUCCGUCCUUAUUCUGUGAUUAAUCUGAUACUUGUAAUGAAAUAUUUUGCUUGCUUAGUAUCUGCAAAUUCUGCUUCAAGAUUACAUCAUAGAUAAACAUUCAGUAUUCAUUUUUAUUGACAUUCACUAUUUGACAUUUCUUUUUGAUUGAAUAUUUGUGUGUUUCAGUUUUCAUAUUGCAAAUGUUUUAAAUAUAAGAAAUAAGCAUACAAAUAAAUUGUGAUGUAGA